CAGCCUCGAUGGUUUCUCCUCUGUGGUGGCAUCCUGUCCUAUUAUGACUCUCAGGAAGAUGCCUGGAAGGGUUGUAAGGGAAGCAUCCAAAUGGCCGUUUGUGAAAUUCAAGUUCAUCCUGCAGAUAACACACGAAUGGACCUGAUUAUCCCAGGGGAACAAUACUUCUAUCUGAAGGCAAGAAAUGCAGUUGAAAGGCAAAAGUGGCUGGUUGCACUAGGAACUGCCAAAGCCUGUCUGACUGACAGCAGGACACAGAAGGAAAAAGAGUUCACUGAAAACACAGAAGCCUUGAAGACUAAAAUGUCUGAACUUAGACUGUACUGUAACCUCCUUGUUCAGCAAGUGCAUAAAACGAAGGAAGCUAGCAUUUCUGGUGUGUCAGAACCAGAGAAUGAGAUUGAUAUGGGAGCUCUGUUAAAAUCAACCUGUGACACCUUCCUGAAGACUCUUGAAGAAUGUAUGCAGAUUGCAAAUACUGCCUUCACUUCUGAGUUACUGCAUCAGACCCCACCUGGAUCCCCAAAUUUAGCAGUUCUCAGAACAAGCAAGGUAAAGCACUCUGUCUUGUCCAGUCACACCUCAACAGAAAGGCAGAUGGAAUUGAACCCCUGUGAAAAUGGCUGUGUGAAAGCAGAAAUUAACCAUCAAGAGCAAACGCUUAUUAAAAGUCUGGAGUGUUUAAACUUGGAAACAAGUGAGGGGAGCAGUGAUGUUUCUGUUGAAGAUCACAUAGCAGAGGAUUUGGCAGGCAUUAAAGAAGAUGGAGAGGACAAGCUGCAAGCUGUAGAAAGCUAUGCUGCCCACAAGUUGUUGCAGUCGGAAACAAAUUCUUUAAGUAGAUUGACUCCGUGUGAGGAAGACAGAAAUGAAAAUGAUUCUCCAACCUUCUUCAGUGUCAUGAGCAAUAGAUUCAGUGAUAUUGAACUUCGGGAGGAGGAGGGCAUACCCACAGAGGAGUUUCUGGAAUCAUGUUAUGCAAUUGUGCCUGUUCUGGACAAGCUGGGACCAACUGUUUUUGCUCCUGUUAAAAUGGAUUUUGUAGGCAACAUCAAGAAAAUAAACCAGAAAUUUAUUACCAACAAAGAAGAGUUUGAUACCCUUCAGAAGAUCGUGCUCCAUGAAGUGAAUGCAGGUGUAGCACAAGUUAGAAACUCUGCUACAGAGGCUCUCCUGUGGCUGAAAAGAGGCCUAAAGUUCUUGAAAGGGUUUUUGACAGAAGUGAAGAAUGGGGAAAAGAAUAUCCAAACAGCUCUGAACAAUGCUUAUGGAAAGACAUUACGGCAGCACCAUGGUUGGGUUGUCCGGGGGGUCUUUGCGGAGAUGCCACCAGUACUGUUAGCCCUGGGAACUGCCCAGCUGACAGCUUUUCCUGAAGAAGAUGAGAUGCUCUGAUGCACAUGUGGUGGCAUGAGGCCCCUUCCCACU